AUGUCUACUUUUAAUAAGGAGAUGCAAUCUGAACCCAUUCUACCCCCUGCAUCCAGUCUGGCUCGUGGUUUUGUUCGUUAUACCCUAGUUACAGUAAUUGCGGCCUAUGUACUUUACAAGCUGUUUAAAGGCCAGGGUACCGAUAUUAAUUUCGGUAAAUUUCUAUUGAGGACUUCACCAUAUAUGUGGGCUAAUUUAGGUAUUGGUUCGUGUAUAGGUCUUUCGGUCGUAGGGGCAGCAUGGGGGAUUUUAAUUACUGGUUCAUCAAUGAUCGGUGCCGGUGUUAGGGCACCAAGGAUUACUACCAAGAAUUUAAUUUCAAUUAUCUUCUGUGAGGUUGUCGCCAUCUAUGGGUUGAUUACUGCGAUCGUUUUUUCAUCUAAAUUAACAUUGGCAAAACCUGAAAAUUUAUAUUCAAAAUCAAAUCUUUUCACCGGUUAUUCCAUCUUUUGGGCUGGUAUUACCAUUGGUGUUUCUAACUUGAUCUGCGGUGUUUCAGUAGGUAUUACAGGUUCUACAGCAGCUAUAUCUGAUGCUGCAGAUUCAUCGCUUUUCGUCAAGAUCCUUGUGAUUGAAAUCUUUGGGUCUCUACUGGGUCUAUUGGGUUUAAUCGUUGGUCUACUAAUGGCUACAAAGGCAGCAGAGUUUCAAUAA